GUUGAAGAAUUUGUAUUUAUUAAGUAAAUAAGCUCGCGUGAGAACUGUUCAACAAUUUAAAGCAUCAGAAAAACAGUUAUUAGUUCUGAAUUUUUGAAAGUCUGUAUGAUUUGUGAACGUUAGUGAAACGUGAAUAUUGUCUACAAAACAAGUUCUGUUUUAGUAAUGCACGCGUGAUCGACAACUAUCAACAUGAAUUGGGCUACUGGAGAUUUAGUGUGGUUCGAUCCAGGACAUGGACCUCCAUUACCAGGAGAAAUAGUAGAGGUACAUCGAGCAGCCCAGGUCAUCAUUGUCCAGGCUGUUAUAAAUGGCAAGCAACAAACAUUUACUUUUGGAUCAAAUGAAGGAUUUUUAAGACCCCGUCAAGAUUUGGGCAAAACAGGAGUAGAUGAUAUGACCCAACUGGAUGAUUUGCAUGAAGCAUCAUUACUCUGGAAUCUGAGAUUACGCUAUGACAAUGGAUUGAUUUAUACAUAUGCAGGCAGUAUAUUGAUUGCGGUGAAUCCGUACAAAAUGUUUGCAGAUUCAUAUGGAAUUGAAAUGGCCAAAAUGUAUUCCGGAAAACCAUUGGGCUCAUUACCUCCACACUUAUUUGCGAUCAGCUCUGCAGCGCAUGCAUCGCUGCCCUCGCCACAGGUGGUAGUUAUAUCAGGAGAAUCUGGUUCUGGAAAAACGGAGUCUACUAAAUUAGUGAUGCAAUAUUUGGCCGCUGUAACACCAGUUGGUGGUACAGCCUCAGCCGUAAUAACCGAGCAAAUUCUGGAAGCAGCACCUUUAUUAGAAGCAUUUGGAAACGCUAAAACAACUCGUAAUGAUAACAGUUCUAGAUUUGGAAAGUAUCUUGAGGUGUUUUUCAAAUCAGGAGCAAUCGUUGGAGCGAAGAUUACACAAUAUUUGUUAGAAAAAUCACGCAUAGUCACCCAGGCACCUGGAGAGAGAAAUUAUCAUGUAUUUUAUGAGCUGUUAGGAGGUCUGUCGGAAGGUGAUCGUUCGAAAUUUGGGCUUCUGGAAGCCGAAAAAUAUUUUUAUUUAAAUCAAGGGGGCUCAGAUUGUUCAGCUGGAAGAGUGGAUUGGGAAUCUCUUCAAGGGGCGAUGCAGGUUUUAGGCGUAUCGGAGAGCGAGCGAGAAGGGAUAAUGAACAUCCUUGCAUCAGUUCUGCAUCUUGGCAAUAUAUACUUUCACCGUCGCCAAUUGAGGCACGGUCAAGAAGGAGUUGAAAUAGGAUCAGAUGCUGAAAUAAAAUGGGCUGCACAUCUUCUUCAAAUUCCUUCAGAAGGAAUACUUCGUUCAUUAACAUCAAGGAUAACUGAAACAAGAUCAGAACGGCUUUAUACUCCGCUUAGCAUCGAUCAAGCCCUAGAUGCUAGAGAUGCACUAGCGAAAGCAUUAUAUUCAGGAUUAUUCAAUUGGCUUGUUAUGAGGAUAAAUUCUAUGAUUCAUAAAGUUGGAACUCAUGAUGCUCAUCGUAUAAGCAUAUUGGACAUAUUUGGAUUCGAAAAUUUGUCGGAAAAUUCGUUCGAGCAGUUGUGUAUAAACUACGCAAAUGAAAGCUUACAGUUAUAUUUCAACAAACACGUAUUCAAGCUGGAGCAAGCUGAAUAUGCUAAAGAAAGGCUUGAAUGGGUUCCUUUGGAAUGGGAAGACAAUUUACCCGCAAUUCAUCUGCUCGCCAAGAAACCAGUGGGCAUUUUUCAUCUCCUCGAUGAUGAGUCUAAUUUCCCUAGAGCAAAUGAUUUGAGCUUCCUUGAGAAAUGUCAUUACAACCAUGCUCUCAAUGCGCUCUAUUCUAGGCCAAGAAUAGGAGCUCAAGAGUUUGGAGUGACACAUUACGCUGGUCAAGUAUGGUAUUGCGUAGAUGGUUUCUUGGAGAAGAAUAGAGAUGCCUUGCGAACCGAUGUAAUAGAGUUUCUAUGCUCCAGUACCGAGCCGUUGGUAAUUGAAAUGACAAAACAGCUUAAGGCUCAACGUGACAUUGGUAAAACAUUACCUCGAGGUAUGAAUGGAAGAUUUGUUACCAUGAAGCCAAGAACACCCACAGUUGCUGCACGAUUUUCUGAUUCAUUACAACAACUACUGCAGUCAAUGGCCAAAUGUAAUCCAUGGUUUGUUCGGUGCAUCAAACCGAACAAUGACAAACAAGCUUUGAGAAUGGACAUGCCGUGUGUGCUUUUACAGUUGAGAUAUCUCGGUGUAUUAGACACUAUAAGAAUAAGACAAAAUGGAUACCCUGUAAGAUUGCGUUUCCAACAUUUCGUAGAACGUUAUAAACAUAUGUUGAAAAUGCCUAUUCCGAGAGGCACUCCCUACAGAGAAUUAUGCAGGUUUGUUCUGGAAGCGCAACCGGAAACUAAAACAGAAGGACCCGAUUAUCAAUUAGGAGCAACACGAGUUUUUUUGAGAGAAAGUUUGCACCGUUGUCUCGAGGCCAGUAGAACAGAGCGUUUACGUUCUGCAGCUGUAACUAUUCAAAAAUUCGUUAGAGGGAUGCUGGAGCGGAAACGGAUAUAUAAUCAAAAGCACGGUGCGAUAGUAAUUCAAAAAAUAUGGCGUGGAUAUCGCGAACGGAAAAGAUUUGUGUCACUAAGAACAGGCGUUAUUAAAGCACAAUCGCUAUACAGAGGCCGACUACAAAGAGCGAAAUUCACUAAAAUUAAAGCGGAAACGCUGCGUCUUCGUAAUAUUGAGAAAAUGAACAGAGGAAAAGCUAAUCAAGUUGAAAGAGAAAGUCAUUCUGUGUUUUUGGAGGUUCCGGCAGAUCUGGCUCUAGUUAUGUCGAAAACACAAGGCAACCAGAGGAACGAAGAGAUGUUAGUGAAGGUGGUUGGCACAGUUCCCGGACCUCCCACGGCUGACGAUUUACCGGUGGAUUUAGAUCAAUAUGCAUUUGGAAAAUUCAGUUCGAUCUACUGCAACGGUGUAAAAAUAUCUGCAAAACAAGAAGCCAUAAGCGCUCCAUUUUUGUCCCGUGCAUCGGCACGUGAUCAAGAUUUUAAAGAUUCCAUUGCAAUAUUUAAAAUUAUAUUGAAAUGGUCUAAUGAUGUUAUUGAAGAUUAUAACAGAAACAAAAUUAUAGCCGAUUACAUAGUUUUCAAGGCAUUAUCAUCGAAAGGAUUACGAGAUGAAAUAUACGUACAAAUUUGCAAUCAAAUUUUCCAAGCGGAACAUGAAGUCUCCAAGAAACUUUGGCUUCUCAUGACGCAUUGUUUAUCAGCUUUUCAACCGGGAACGAUAUUUAAAAAAUAUUUAAUCAAAUUCAUUUGUGAUCAUGCACCUAAUUGUACGAAAGAGCAGUUAUUAAAAAAAUUGUUACGAAAUGAAUCCGAUAAUAGUUAUACCAGUACAUCUCGCUCAUUUCCACCGGCUUGGCUCGAAUGGAUAGCAUCUGCAAAACAAGCCGAUACGGCUUUAGGUUUGCUCCUUCCAGAUGGUGUUGUUCAGACAGUAGCUGUAGAUUCAUGGACAACAUGCGAAGAAGCUGCCGCUUUGGCUCUUUCAUCGCUUGGAAUUCCUAACUUAGGAUGGACAGUCGCAAUUGACGAGGAUAGCAAACAGAUUGAUUCGUGUGGAUUAGAUUUUGUCAUGGAUAUUAUUUCUGAAAAGGAAAAUGGAACGUUAUAUUCAUUAAACAAAAGUCAAGGAUCUCCCUUCGGCAAUAAGUUUACCACAGAAACAGAAAACAAUCCUAAAAGACCACAGGUACCGCCACCCGAACCACCUUCCAUGAAAUACGUACUAGAAUCACCCACAACUCCAAAAAAACACUAUGCCCAAAAAGAUGAAAUUCCAUUGGAAUAUAAUUUGAGAAAAGAAUCGUCAACUAGAAAAGUUUCGCAUGAUGUUCUUCUACGAGAUACAAAAGAAAAAGACAUUUCUUAUAACACUGAAAAAAUCAGAUCAAGAUCAUUGGACGGUUUGCUGAAUAUUGAUACAAGGGAAAAACAUGAUGUAGCUGAGGAGCGAUUAACUGAUGAUUUUCAUUCGAUAACAACACCCCAAUUUCAGGCUGAUCGCUUCCGUCAAAUCGAUACCAUCACUCCACUUAAAGAGUCACAACCCCGCUAUGUUAAAUCGCAAUUUGCUUCCAAGAAAUUAUCUGGCUCUCAUUCAAGCAAAUAUGUUGAAAGAUCUGAAAUGAGUAUCCGCUCAUCUGCUAUGUCAGACACAAGUGAAGCUCCAUCCCUUGCAAGUCACGUUAGACGCGUCCGUGUUCCUUCGCAGGCUUCCGAUGUUGAUCAGUUCUUAGAUGAUCUUUUCAGUCCUGUUUUAGACGGAUCGUUGGAUGAAUUAUCUGACGCUAGAUCUUUGGCUGCCAGUAUUCGUGGAGCCUCAAAAUCUUAUGAUAAUGUACCCGACUGCUAUCAAAAGUUUUUGUCCCAAACAGAUUCUCUCCAAAAUGUUAUGUUUCUGGAGAAGCAUUUUCGUUUAAAAACGUUUAUUAAAGGUGGGGGUACGACACAUCAGGCUUCGAAUAGUAAAAGUUUUUCGCCAAAUAUGACUAAUUUGAAUGCCUCACAAAUGCAUUCUCCGAAUCAAAUUAAUGCUAGCCCCCUUAGAAUGCUGAGUCCUGGUAAUCCCGAUGUUUUCAAUUUAUCUCCAGGAAUAGAAAACACAUCCUACCAACAACAAGUUCAAAGAGCAUUUUUACAGUCUGCGAUGGCUCAAAACAUCCAAAUUCAGCAACAACUAAUCGCUCAAAAUCAAGCGUUACAAACAUUAUUAACUCAGCAGAAUGUUGCAUCUCCGACUGCUAGCAACUCUGUCCUGAAUAAUCAACCUCCGGUUACUCCACAAGUUUUACAAAAUUCUAACAGAAAAUCUAGCAUCAAAGUGAGACCAGACAUUAGUAGCUCACCUGCAUCCGAUAUCAGGCACAAUAGAAAAGAUUCUUCUUCAUCUAAUUUAAUUCCACCACCACCACCGCCUCCGCUUCCUCCACCAUUGGAAAUGAAAGAUCCGUUAGAGGUCCGCCCGUUCAUAGAUCCAUACGGAAGAGCGAAAACUGUUAGAAUUGGUAAAUGGAGAUGGCCUCCGCCAAAGGAUGCAAAUGGCGAAGACGAAGAAAACUAUAUUAGAUUCAAACUUCGUCAAAGCAAUAGAAAAACAACGCCGCAAUCUCAAAUUAACGUCGAAUCUCUGUUGGACUCUGUCCAUGGAAUAGAGUGGGAUGAAUUUGAAAUAGAUUCACAGCAGGAAAAAAGUAAUGAUCAUAAGUCGCCAGAUGAGCAUAACAACAAGCUUAUUCGGCCUACAAAGAGAAGUAUCGAUGGAGGAGUAGAAAAACCUCUACCACCUGCUAAUGUUGGGAAACUCAAAUUAAGUAACGAAAUGCGUCAACGUUUAGAGCAAGUAACAGCAGGUCAUUCUGUUCGAUCUACAAGCACGCGAUCAGAUAGAAAUGAGCGUGCACCAGCAAAACUUGAAGACACUAGAAGAAUGAUCUUGGAGCAACAGCUGGCAGGAGCGUCCAUUAUUCGGAAAACUGAUUCAUCUUCCAAUAAAUUGCAUAGAAAAGACGCAGAUAAACGUUCUGUAAACCAAUCUUGGCCAUCGAUACUUCCUCCAGCACCUGCAGUUCCAGCACCUCCCCCUCCAGUUCGUCCGCCGAAUACUACACCACCAGCUCCUCCACCGCCUCUCUUUUCAAUAGCAAACCCUCAUUUUCCGCUGCAAAAUCAAACACAAGAUAUCCCGUCUUUUGUGCAGCGUCAGGAACGAGAUACAUUUGGGGCAAAAGAUUCCUUCAAUGAUUCUUGGAGCAGAGCUGAAGCCGCUAAGCUAGAACUUGUCUACGAGUCAAAUGGACCAAGAGAGAUACCUUUACAAAGGGAACGUUCAAGAUCUCGUUCAAGGUCUAGAGAUCGAGAAAACUUCUCGGAAUCCGUCUGGGAUAGGUCGGAAGUGGAAGGUUCUGUAUUAGCAAACGACUUGAAAGAACGAGGGAGCAUUGAAAAACAAUAUGAAAUAUCGCUGAUUCAAAGAGACAUCGACAGUAAAAAAGUUUACCAACCACAAAUGAAAGGGCUUUCGAAAAUACCUGAUCACAGUCGAAGCGCAGUAGCAACAUUCAAAACCCAUAUGAUACAUAAAAGUGCCAUGGAAAAAGAACGGAAAUUUUCUGUUAACGCUAUUGACGAUACGGAAUCGCCUAAAAUAGAACUGCCGGCCCCAAUUCUGCCAAUGGAACCGGGAAGCUUA